AAUGCCGGAACAUGUAAAGCCGGAACUAUAGGGACAGGCUUUUCUAUAAGCCGUGCUGUUAAAGGUGUGGGACUAACAUGAGGAUACGUGAACAACAACAUUUAUAUUUUCUUUAAUAUUUAUUUUGGACUCAAAUCAAAUUUCGCCAAAGAAAUGGAGAUUUUUGGAAGUACAUUUGACGACUCAGUGUUUCUAGAAGCAAAGGAGCGAGUGUGUUCGUCUCUGCCGUCUUACGCUGCUAAACGCUGCGAACCACGGUGGUUUUGUGAAAGUUCUGCCCUCGAUACAGACGACUUGCUAGAAAAGCAGAAAGUUCAAAAGUUCAGAGGUGACUUGGCUUUGAGACGUGGUAACUUUCAGGAAGCGUUGGAAUCUUACAGCAGCUGUCUGGAGUGGAUCCCUGACAACAACUUAAGCAUCAAAAGAGAUGUACUGGAGGGAAUGUGUCGAUGCUGCACCAAACUGGGGCAAAGAGACAGAGCACUGGAACUGGCUGAAUCACUUAACAAGGAAGCCUCCAACACCUGUCAUCUUACAAGUCUUCUCCUGCUAAAAGUCAGCAUUUAUGAGCAUUUUGGAGCCGUCAGCUCAAAGAUUUCGUCUCUUCAGCAGCUUUGUAGUUUGCUGCCCUUUAACCCAUGGCACUGGUUUAACCUGGGGCAGGUAUGUCUGCAGCUCCUGAAGAACACAACCUGUGAAGAGCAGCAUCAUACUGAGGAGUACCAACAGGAGGCAGCAGAGCUGGAUGAGAGCAGACUCAGACUCAAAGCUUGCACCUGUUUCAUCAGGACAAGACUCCUGCUGAGAAUCCUGCAACAGCAGCAGUCAUCCUUUGUGUUGCAGCGCAGUGAACACGCUCUACAGAUGAUUGAUGAGGCACUAAAGCAACUUAACCCAGAUGAAACAUUACUCCAGACUCUCACUGAGGUGAUGUCAGAGGAUCUAAUCCCAGAGAAAAUGAGGGAGGAUUACCAGGAUGGAGAGAGUUUAUCCUCUGUGUGUGUACAAAGCUUCAGUGAUCGCUGGUGGACAACGAUCUUGCAGAGUAGUGAGUUAGAAACAGGAGAUCCUCAGAAAACAACACCAAGCUCUGAUGGUAAGUGUAUACCAAGGUGAAGGGAGACUUGAGGACGUUGAGCCGCAACAAAGGGAGUGAACUGUAAAGAAGAUCUGGGAAAUUAUUUUAAAAUGGACCAAAACUGCAAAUAGCACACAUGAAUUUGGGAUUCAUAGUUAAAAUGUGAAUGAAUUCUUUUGCAUGUGUUUAAGGCGAUCCCAUAUCAUCCGAGAAAGAAUGCCACAGCAUCCACGUCAUGUUAGAAAAAUAACAAUGUCGGAUAUUUUACACAUUUUAUUGAUGUUUUCACAUGUAACUUAAGAUGUCAUGUUUCUUUUUUUGAGUUGAAACAUUUUUAUUAUGGUCAGACACUUUUUUUUAUCAUUAAUAACAUUUAGUUUAAUCAUAAAUAAAGUAAAUAUUAAUGUUUAAUUCCAGUCUGCCACCUCUUAUUUUCAUGAGAAAAGUGUCCCUUAUUUGGCUGUUUUUGCUGUAGUUUGAUAACGGAGAACAGUUUGGGAUUAUCAGAUUGUCGUUCAACCUUUGGUUUAAGGUGAAAAGUGGAGUUCCAUUGUUCUUUUAUCACAUUCAGACCAUUAGCUAUUGCUGAUGGCUUCAAUAAAUGGCCUGUAUUCCGAAAUAAAAGUCUUCGAAUACCAGAUUUAUCACAGUCAUGGUUUGACCUCUUCGGUGUUGGCAGGUUUUUAUCAGGGUUUGGCCCUUGAACUUUCUUAGACCUGAGAGCUUCUUUGGAACAUUGGCUCUGAAACUGAUUUGUCUCUCGUGGUCCCGUGUGUCUUUUGUGUUCAUCUUGAGCAGAAACAUGGUUCUUUAACUGCGUCACAGAUGCACUCUGCUGCUGAAGCAAAUCAUUAUCAGGUAGAAGCUUUUCAUCAUCAUCUCUGUUUUCCAGUUCUGACACAGACUUUUUCUCCUUGUUCUGGUUCUUUUGUAAAUAUUCAGUCCACAUUACAAGGCCUGCUGGGCUGGUUUUGGACUCAUUGUUUCCAAAGUUGUCAUUCUGAACUGUAUGUGAUGUGUUCAAGGGUGGAAAGGCUGAGGUAAGUUGAUGAAAUUGACAAAACUAGACACUGUUUUGGACCUGGAGUAGAGUCUAUGGAUUUUUUAUAUUUAUACUGCAUACCAUCAGCUGGGUAAACCAGGGUGGUAUACAUACAGUAUAAUUUGUUAUUUGUGCAAAACUUAAAGUUUCACCCCUGCAUAAGUUUUCAAAAUAUCCAACGACCGUAUAAGAUCGUCCCAUUCACGUUUUAUUCCUGUAUUUUUCCUAGCACUAUUUUCAUCCUUUAUAUUUACAUGACACGAAUUGAUACACUAUUGACUAUUCCGAUGCUUGCAUUAAACCGCCAAUCAAACAGCUGCAAUUAGGUAGCUAACUAUAACUUAUACCACACCCAGCUUGGGGCAGGGAGGUUUCACAGAUGAUGAAAUGUGACAGGUGAGAACUGAGUGAGAAACAAACAGUUCACAGAACAUUCCAGAUGAAUAAAUUGGGGCUUGUGGACAUUUAACCUCUGUAGAGAGCGUGACACAAAUGUCAGAGACAAUAAAUCAUCGAUUUAGAUCUGGCCUUUACAUUCAUGCAGUCGUCCUAAUGUGGCAGUUUGUAGAAGAAUGUGGAGUUGGACUAAAAUCUCAUUUUUCUUGAGGGUUGAAGAGUUCUGUUAUGCAACUGGAUGUGAAAUCUUCUCAAAGAAGAGCUUUCGGCUCUUCAGUGCUUCAGGUCUAAUCAGUGGUGCGGAGUACAACCAAUACUGUAUAUAAUAUGGGUUUGACAAAAAAUAAAGCUACUUCAGGUCCCUGGGUCGUUGCAAUCCUCAUCUGAAUGGUUUCGGUCACAUGCCUCUUUGAUGUGUGAAACUGAGGUGAAUCUUUUGGUCGUUGUUCUUAAGAGAGCCUUAAAACACACACUUUCGAGGACAACAAUGUUCAUAUUUUGGCCAGGGAGGACGGAUGGUUUGAGAGAGGAGUAAAAUAAGCUAUUUUUGUCAACUUGGAAAAACCAUCACUCCUCAGAGGAGGUGGACUAAGACACAACCUAUAACCUACAUAUAAAGCUCGCUUAAGAAAAGUAAAAAAAUUCUGCAGUACGAGGACUGUGAUAAAAACGACAAAUUUAAUUAAGAGGCAAUAAUAAAUGAAGAAAACAAUGAUAAAGACAGAAGCAGAAUUGUGUGGUCAAUGUGGGAAAUUGUGUUGUUAUCCACUAGGGGGAGGUAGAGUUAUAAUAAUGUGACAGCAACCGAGUAGUAAACGAACUGCGUGUGCAGGUGUGCUGCAGGUGCUGUUGUAAAAGCUGUCUGGUACCACGUCAGUAUUUCUGCCAUUAUAAAAUGUGUCAGUUUACUGGCACAGGUCACUUAUACGACCACUGUCGCAACGUUGACGCAUUUCGCAUUAUUUAUGGCUUUACUGGAAGGAAAGACUCUUGGGUUGAUGUUGAUUAGAUAGCAGUGUUGUUAAGAUGAAAGGUGAAUUGUAAUGUUUCUUUCUUUAAAAGUUUAUUACAAUCCAAUAUAUAAAGCUCCACGUACUACAUGUUACAGUUAAACAAACCACAGCUUAACAUUAACCUUCUGAUAUUACAGCUGUAACACGUUUUUACUCAUGUGGUUAACAGAGGAAGACACUCAUUAUUUUUUCACCCAGGCGGCCUGGGUUCGACUCCCGGUAUUGGAAUAACCAUUUGCUUUAUGACUGAGGGACCAAUACAAUUCUGUCAACUCCUCUUUAUAGUCCAUGAUAAGUUAAAAAGUCAAAGUUAAGCAUAAAAAAUAACUCAGCUCAGAAGAAUAGAAGGCCUUAGCACAAUAGAGCAACAAUGAAAAUACAUCAAAUAUAUUGUUAGCAAUCGACAUUGAAUAAAGCUUUAAAGAGCUAUUUUUGCGACAAAAAUUAAUAAUUAAAAGAAAAAAUCUAAAAAUUGUAAAAUCAUUAUUGUUCUCCAGAAGUGUAAAUGUUUUUAAAAGAAG